AUGAGUCUUCUUACUGUGUUCAACGGGCUCGAGUGCGCGGGUAUUAAAAAGGCCACCGCAGAACCACACCUGUCCGCAGCCGCUUCAAUGGCGGCUGCUGUUGCUGCUAACGUCGCCUCUGCUGCCGCACGUUUGGCUACCGCAGCAUCAGCAAUAGCAGAAACCAUUAACUUAGCACCCUCAGCUUCAGGAUCUACGCCAGCCAUCUUCGAGUCCUCAAAAGAUCAGCCACCACCAACUCCUGAGUUUGUUACCGCCAAUGCACUAAUUGCGGCAGUCUAUAAUGCUGCUGACCAUCAAAAGGAGAGAAUCCCCCCCGCGGGUGCGCUGGAAUACCACAUGCUCCUGCCCGUGAUUCUGGAGCACCUAGAGCGCCUAGUUCGUCAAGAACGUACUGUGGAGGGGGAAGAACCUAUUGUGGAGGAAGAUAACACCCAGCCUGGAGAGAAAUCCGAUGCACAAGGAGCACUCGUUGACAACGGUAGAGAGCGUGCUGGCACUAGGGAAUCUCAGCUGCCCCGCAGCCAGGAUCGAGAGGAGUAUAGUGUCUACGUGCGUGGCAUCAGCCGCACCAGCAACAGCGCCGCUCUGGCGCGUCUCUUCAGCUGCUUUGGCCACGUCACUUCUUUUCAACGCAAGCACGGCUAUUGCUUUGCUACUUACUCCAGUCUGCCCUCGAGUGUAUUUGAUGCCACUCCUGGAUACCCCUGUGCAGCCGCAGCCGCAGCGACCGCCAUUCAUUACCUGGACGGAGCUGCCAGUGGCUGUAGAGAGGAAAAAAGGCUAUCCGUUACUCUCGCCAAGAUAUCGCCCUCUCUCCCAAAGCACCUUUUAGACGGCGACCGCAUUGCCAGCACACAGCCAGCAUCGCCGGCAGCCUUUGCAUCGCCUACUAGGCACCCAUCCUCCCCAGCAGCAACCCAAGCAGCAGCCGUUGACUUUCCGCUGUUCUUUCGCCACAUCUCCCAGUUUUUGUCAUUACUCCAUGGCCAACAAAAAAAUCUCCCCUUGAUGCGCAUUGCGAGCCGGGGGGGCGGCUUUAUUGCUGCAAAGGAACUCAGCGAGUCCAUGGGAGUCGCUGCAGCUUUGCAGUUUGCAUUCAAAAAAUGUCUGCGAUUGCCUCUAGAGAGUCUCUCAGCUUUAGUGUUCGUCCCGGGAGACGGCCAACACCCGAGGACGUCUGCUGCUGUGUGUCUUCAGACUCCAGCUUCAUGGCGAUGUGUGUCAAUAGACCCCCGAAUGCAGCCGCAACACUGCGAUCCGACGAUUCAGCAUACACCUUCUGCGCACGCUAGUGCUGCUGCUUCAGCACAUACAGUGACAAAAUGCCGCUUCGUGGGCAGCCUCGAAAACCGUGUGUUUUGUUUCCGCGGGACUGCUGAAGCCUUUUGCUUUCAAGACCUAAGCACCGUCAUGCAGCCGCACGAUGGCCGGCUCGAGGGACCAGAUACAAUUGUGCUGCUUGGCGUUCACUCGCAUGCGCCGCUGCAGGAGUUUUUCGAUAAGCUCUUGCAAGUCUACGGAGGAACGGCCAAACAUUUCGUUGCCAUUUCGCUGCCUUGCUGCGGGUCAAGCGGUUUUCUAAGGGGCCCCCCCAUUUCUCGAUAUAGAGACCCAGGGAUUCUGUCCCACGAGAAUGAGGUGUACAUACACCACAUUCCUGCUCCUGGAGCCAUGGAGGCUGCGACGUCAACCAGCGCAGCAGCAGUGUCGGCAACUGCGGAAUCGGUUGGACCUGCAUCCGCACCAGGUGGAGCCGCAAUGACCGGUAUAGGAGCACUGGCACGAGUCUCCAAGUUUCAAGAGUAUCCUUGCACACCCGGAAGCGUCCCUCUAGAGGCCUACGUGCUGCUGCUGCUGCUGCUCACAGGAUUUGGCUUUGUAGCUGCCACUGCGCUUCUGCAAUGGCACAGUACCAAGACUCCCGCUGCCGCCGUUCCUCUUGCUGCAGCAGCAUCGAGACCGCGCAGCGGCCUUCUGGGAGGUGGCGCGCUACGCUCUAAGCUGCUGCUUCUGUUGUCUUUUGCUGCAUUCUUGAGGGCCGUGCUGUUGUUAGUGAUGCUCCUGCUUCUCGUGAUGCCGCUGUUGCCCCCAAACCAGGAGUACCCCCCGCAGCAGCUGGAGCCACAGCAGCAACUUCCGACGCCAAACACUCCUAGUGCUGCGCAGGGGCAGCAGCAAACUUCAGAAGAGGAUCUACUGAUUGGUAAGCGGGACGAAAACCCAGCUGAAAUUGGAGGAGCUCCCCUGGCCACCACACCUCCGGAGGUCACCGAUUCUGCUGCGCACCUUCGUGUGCUAGCUGCAGCACCAAGAAUAUCGGAGUCUGUGCAUGCCUCGGUGAAGACGCGUGGCGCCUCAAUGGCUUUUACUACUUCCGCGCCUGACGGCACGUUUGCUGCUGCAGGGAUUCGUCUGCCAUACGCUUCGCCUGCAGAAGCAGCAUUACCCGAAGGUGCAAGGCGCGGUCUAUGGCCUUCGCCCCUGCAGUGCGCCCCCUUGGAUAUCUGGUGGCGCACCCUCUUUCAAUUUACUCCCUCUCUCCUGUUUGUGUCCGUCUUCUUGCUGCUUGGCGCCUUUUCGUGGCAGCUGUACGCUGCAGCCACACUGCAGCGAAGCAGCAGCAAGCUGGGUCCUGCUGCGGCUCUUGUUGCUGCUGCUGCUGGCAUGACCGCCUUCCUUUUAGCAGCUGCGUUCAGCUAUGGACAGGCUUCGCAGCACCUCUUUCAACGGCUGGCAUGUGUAAUCGUGGGUGGGCUUUACGUGCUGACAGCUUCGCUGCUGCUCCUCUUUGGCACUUUGGUGCUGCGAGAGCUCCGCAAGCGAGACGCCUUGAUGCUACAACCAUUGCUGCACCUGCAGCAACACCACCUGCAACACUUGCAACAUCAGGAGCUCGUGGCACCAGAAACAUUUGCCGAAUCGGCCAUGGCGGAAGGAGAUUACUUGCUGCUACCGAACUGUGGCCUCCAGCAGGAGCAGCAGCAGCACCGUGGGAGCAGAAGCGGAAGCAGCAGCAGCAACUUGACUCUGCAACUCUCGCUGGGUGCUGCUCCAGCUGCUAGUAGACGGCACGCCAGUGAUAGCAACAAUAUCGAUGAAUUAGGGGAAGAAGCGCGCAUGCGGCUGUUCCUGAUAGCGUGCUGUUGCCCGCCGCUGUUGCUGCUGCUUGGCGUGUAUAUGCUGUUGGUAGGCCUAUGGGGUAGACAUAUGUAUCCCACGGUUGUGCAACAGCACCAAGAGCACUUGACAUUUGAUUUGAUACUGCUGUUUGGCUCCGAGCUACUGCCCUCCCUGCUCGUGCUCAAGGCCUUUAUGCCGUGGAGUAAAAACAGUAACAGCACCAGUACGACCCACGGCAGCAUCAGCAAAAGCACAUUUCAGGCGUAUCCCUCGCCGUACAAAGAACCCUCAAGCGUGUGGUGUACGGUUGCCGGUGCCAGCAGCGACGGAGCGCGCGCAUUCCAGCAGCUGCAACUGCAGCAGCAACCGCCGCAUAUGGGGGCUCUUCAAAUACUUCAGCAGCAGUUGCAGCAGCAAGAGAGUGCAAGCGAUUCUUCGUGCCUAAGCAGCACGUGUGAAAAUCAACCGAGUUGCAUGGGCGAUAGUCCCAAUCUGAGCAACUGCGGUCGCUACACUGGCAGCAUCAGCCGAUACAGCGGCAAGGAUGUCAGCGGCUUAUUGACGGACGGUCGCGCAACGAGAAGAAAUCCCUUUGCAUAA